AUGUGCAUUUUUCUAGAAGCAAUGAAUGUGAGACAUUUCCGUGGCUGGCAGAUCAAGCAGGUUGAAGCCAUGCGCUGCCGGAGAGAGUGGCAUAGGAAGAUGGGUGUAGAGACAGCCGGAAACCUGGACUGCCGAUUCAAACUGAACACACAUAAGAUGGUGUUUGUGAUGAACUCCGAGGACUACAUGUACCGUCGAGGAGCCCUGGUGAAGGCACGGAGGUCUCAGCACAGAGUAGCGCGGGCUCAGCAUGAGCGCUUUGACCAGUGGCACCGGGGCUGGCUGAGUGAACACGUGUCUCCCGCCGCUGAGCGCAGUGUGCAGGACUGGCUCAUGGGAGAAGAUGAUGAGGACAUGAUCCCCUGCAAGACCACUUGUGUGUCCCUGCAGGUCAAAGGCUUGCAUGUCAACAGGUACCAGGUGCACUACAACAGCAAGGCCCCGCCUCACCGUAACGACCUCACGCCUUCAGAUGGAGUUUUGUGAUCUCU